AUGCAGGAGGAGGAUGAUGACAAUGAAGAUGAGGAAGAGCUUGCUACAGACUUUUCAAAACUCCACUUGGGUGCCAGUGACACAAGUGACACAAAUACCGUGGAUGGCCUUCAGCCUGUUCCCAACAAGACAUGCAAAGAUGACCCCGAAGUGGCAUUUUGUACGCUGGCAAACAGGGAAGAGCUAAACCCUGAGGAAGAUUCAGUCCAUCAUUGUUUGUAUCAAUUUACCCGUAAUGAAACACUUACCGAGACCAAUAAACUACUGUGUGAUGUGUGUACACAAAGGCAUUGUGGACCAAAGAACAACUUAAGUGAAAAGAAGUGUGUUUAUACUAAUGCCAAAAAGCAGAUGCUCAUCUCUCUAGCUCCUCCAAUUUUAACCCUUCACUUAAAGAGGUUUCAGCAGGCUGGAUUUAAUCUGCAGAAGGUUAACAGGCAUAUCAAGUUCCCAGAAGUGAUAGACUUGGCUCCUUUCUGUACAGCUAAAUGUAAAAAUGUGGCUGAAGGGAAUACAAAGGUCUUGUACUCUCUCUAUGGAGUUGUCGAACACAGCGGAACAAUGAGGUCUGGGCACUACACUGCCUAUGUUAAAAUGAGAGCUAUGAACAACCACCUCUCUGAUCUUGUUCUUCGAGGACAAUCUCAUGGUAAAUCAUUGGAAAUAUUUUACAAAUUAUUUCUUACAAAAUCACAAAAUGGUUUGGGUUGGAAGGGGUCUUAAAGAUCAUGUAGUUCCAGCCUCCUGCCACGGCUGCUAAGUUCUCUGA